CGUGGUGACUUUGCCUUUGUUGAGAAAAAAUGUCGACGCGAAAAAAGGUUUAAUCAAUUCAUAUUAGUCAGAAAGUCUGGCAUUCUUUGUUUCUUUGUUUGUUGCUAAAAAGGCGCAAUUGUGUGCCAGCGCGCUGCAAAGUGCGCCCCAACCACUGCAGCGGGGGAUUAUAUAAAUGCGGCAAGUGCUGCACCACGAAUUGAAAAUCUGGCAAAACUGCAACCGAAGCGACGGACAGCAGCAACAGCAACAGCAGCAGCAGCAGCAGCUCCAUUCACUUGGACGCAGCGGGGGCGCAAGAGCGGAUAAGCGGACGGACGGACGGACACGGUGGCGUUGGCGUUGGCAAUUGGCAAAGUGAAACCGAGAGAGCGGCGGCGAAAGCAAGCUGACGCGCGACAAGGAGAGAGCUGAGCAGAGCGAGGCGUGCAAAAAGAGAAACCAGGAGGAGUAGACACGACAUCGCUGCUCUCGGGAAGAUGGAUAACUGCGACCAGGACGCCAGCUUUCGGCUGGGCCACAUCAAGGAGGAGGUCAAGCCGGAUAUUUCGCAGCUGAACGACAGCAACAACAGCAGCUUCUCGCCAAAGGCCGAGAGUCCCGUGCCCUUCAUGCAGGCCAUGUCCAUGGUUCAUGUUUUGCCCACGGGCAACAGUUCCGGCACCACGGAUGCCCAAAUGUCCCAGGCACCCAAUUCGGCUGCUGCUGCCGCCGCCGCUGCAGCUGCUGCAGCCGCUGCCGCCGUCCAGCAGCAAUAUCCGCCGAAUCAUCCGCUGAGCGGCUCCAAACACUUGUGCUCCAUCUGCGGCGAUCGGGCGAGUGGCAAGCACUAUGGCGUCUAUAGCUGCGAGGGCUGCAAGGGCUUCUUUAAGCGUACGGUGCGCAAGGAUCUCACAUACGCAUGCCGCGAGAAUCGCAACUGCAUCAUCGACAAGCGGCAAAGGAAUCGCUGCCAGUAUUGUCGCUACCAAAAGUGCCUCACAUGCGGCAUGAAGCGUGAGGCGGUACAGGAGGAACGUCAGCGCGGUGCCCGGAAUUCGGCGGGCCGACUUAGUGCCAGCGGCGGUGGAGGCGGCGGCGGCGGUGGCAGCAGUGGACCUGGCUCCGUUGGUGGCUCUAGCACCGGUGGUGGCGGCGGCAGUGGCCUGGGCGGCGGUGGUUCCGGCGGCCUGGGCAGCGGCAAUGGCUCCGAUGACUUUAUGACCAACAAUGUGUCCCGUGACUUUUCCAUCGAACGUCUGCUGGACGCCGAACAGCGAGCGGAAGCGAUGAGCGGCGACCGGGCGUUGUCUUUUCUACGUGUUGGACCCAAUUCCACCGUUCAGCCAGACUACAAGGGCGCCGUGUCCGCCCUGUGCCAGGUGGUCAAUAAGCAGCUAUACCAGAUGGUUGAAUACGCACGAAUGAUGCCGCACUUUGCCCAAGUGCCGUUGGAUGACCAGGUUAUACUGCUGAAGGCCGCCUGGAAUGAACUGUUGAUCGCAAAUGUAGCCUGGUGCAGCAUUGUGUCACUGGAUGACACCAUGGGCAGCGGUGGCGGCGGAGGAGGCGGCGGCCUGGGACACGAUGGCUCAUUCGAACGAAGAUCACCGGUGCAGCAGCCGCAGCAACUGUUCCUCAAUCAGAGCUUCUCAUACCAUCGCAAUAGCGCUAUCAAAGCCGGCGUAUCGGCUAUCUUCGACCGCAUCCUGUCCGAGCUGAGUGUGAAGAUGAAGCGCCUGAAUCUGGACAGACGCGAGCUGGCCUGUUUAAAGGCAAUCAUAUUGUACAAUCCGGAUAUACGCGGCAUCAAGAACCGGGCAGAGAUCGAAAUGUGCCGGGAGAAGGUGUACGCCUGCCUUGAUGAGCACUGCCGACUGGAGCAUCCCGGCGACGAUGGCCGUUUCGCCCAGCUACUGUUGCGCCUGCCUGCGCUGCGAUCGAUCAGCUUGAAGUGUCUGGAUAACCUGUUCUUCUUCCGCAUCAUCAGCGACCGGCCGCUGGAGGAGCUAUUCCUCGAGCAGCUGGAGUCGUCACCGCCGCCAGGCCUGGCGAUGAAACUGGAGUAAACCAGGGCGUCGCCCGUCGAAUGUUUCAUUGUGAUUGCGUUUCUUUGCAUUUCUACCUAAACUCUAUUUCCCUAAGGUCCCGAAUCCUGCGAAUCCCUCGAACCCUUGAACCUCAAAAGUCCCCUUAAUAUUACGCUACAUGUGUAUGUAAUUGUUUAUUUUUUUUAUUACCUAAUAUUAUUAUUAAUGAUAUAGAAAAUGUUUUCCUUAAGAUGAAGAUUGAUGCCUCCUCGACGUUUAUGUAGCAGUAAACGAAAAAACAAAACACCUUAAAUCCAAAACUUGAACACACAAAUCGAAAGAGAAAAGAGAUAAGAACAGAAAACACGAAGAAAACUAAACAAAAAAAAACAAACAAACACAAUAAAGUAAAAGUUAAACUAAAGCAUAAAUAUAAUAUAUAAUAUAUAUAUAAAGGUUAAACAUUAAAGCAUAGUUACGAUGUACAGACGCAUGUAUACAUGCGUGUUCAGUAUAUAAACAUAUAUAUACAUUUCGGCAGAGCCCGCUCUAAAUCAAUUGUAAUUACUUUUUAACAUAAUUGUACCCCAGCGUUAUCAGUUACAUGUGAGACGAAAAACCAACAACAACAACAACAAAUAUAUAUAAAUAUAUAUCUAUAUG